AUUUGUGAAUUUAAAGUUAAUAAAGCGUACGCCAUUGUUAGUUCAUCGAUGAGCUUCUGGAUUCCUGGCUUCGUUAUGGUUUUUAUGUAUUAUCGCAUUUAUCAGGAGGCAGUCCGGCAGGAGCGUCUUGUUUACAGAUCCAAAGUGGCUGCCUUGCUGUUGGACAAACAUUUGCAGAUUAGCCAAAUACCCAAACCACGCCCGAGCAUACAAGUCGAACAGUCGACCAUCACAACAAUGCGUCGUGAGCGGAAAGCCGCACGCACGCUAGGCAUUAUAAUGAGCGCAUUUUUACUGUGCUGGGCGCCGUUCUUCCUAUGGUAUUUGGCAUCCACGCUCUGUUCUAGUUGUACCACACCACGCAUUGUUGUCGGUCUGCUCUUUUGGAUUGGCUACUUCAACUCUGCCUUGAAUCCAAUCAUUUAUGCUUAUUUCAAUCGCGAUUUUCGCGGCGCUUUCAAGGAAACGCUAAAG